AUGUCGUUUCAUUUCUUACAUAAUAAUGAAUUUAACGAUUUCGAUUUGGAAAAAGAAAAUGAAUAUCUUAUUCAAGAAUCAAUAAUAUUUCUUGUUGAUGGAGCUCAACAAAUGUUUACAGAUAAUUUCUUCGAACAAUGUCUAGAUGCAUAUCAAACCAUAGUAAGGCAAAAAUGUUCUCAAAAUAAAAAAGAUAAAUUAGGUUUUUUUAUUUAUGGAACGAUUGAAACUAAUUGUGAUAUCGAUAAUGUAAUGAUAUUGCAAAAGUUUGAUACUGUUACAAUAGAUACAUUGAAAAAUGUUAAAAGUAUAAUAAAAAAUUACGAUAAAUAUAAAGAGUUAUCAGCAACAAAAUAUUCUUUGUAUGAUAUUUUUUCGUAUGUUUUUCAACAAUUACAUACUUUUAAAACAAGUAUAAAAACUCGAUACAUUAUUGUACUUUGUACAUGUGACGAUAAACCUUGUAAUGAAUUUGAACGACGUCGAAUAGAGCAUUUAGUUUCAACAUUCAAGGAUACUCAAACUGAAUUACGUGUUAUUGGAUUCUCAAAUUCAUGGAACGAUGAAAUGUAUUAUAAAGAUUUACAAAUAAUAUCUGGAACUUUUACUAGUGAUGAUUACAAAAGAUUCUAUUUGAAUGAUUUUAAAGGACAUAUUUUAAAUCCUUCCAAAAGUAUUACUACGUUAUCUUGGAAAAUUAGUAGUGAUAUUUGCAUGGAUGUUUCUAUUUAUAAUUUGAUUUCGACACCAAAAUAUCCUUCUAAAAUAAAAUUAGAAAAAGAAGAAAAUGUAGUUUUAGAAGCGCGUCAUGUUUUAUAUAAACAAAAUACAGAAGACAGCCAAUCACAAAGUUUAUCAGUAAAUUAAUGUUAUAGUUAGAAUUAUAUUGAGCAAGGAAUAGAAAGGACACAAAAAAAAAUAAUAUCAAGUGAUAAUAUUAUGUAUUAUAAAAUGUAUAAUGGCGUAAAAAUAUGUUUCAGUUCUUCCGAAUGUAAAAAAAUAAAACAUUUAGGCUUAGAACCAGGCAUUGAAAUAUUAGCAUUUAAACCUGUAAUGUGCGAUCCAUUAUAUCACGUUACUUCACCUUAUUUUGUUACGUAUACUAAAUAUAGCAAUCAUGAGCGUAAAAUUUUCUUCAAAUCUUUUGUUAGUAGGUGUGUUAGUAAGAAAGUUAUGGCAAUCUGCAAAGUUGUUACAAAAUAUACAGUUCUAAUAUGCCAGAUGAUUCCUAGUGAGGAUGAUGGUGGAUUCUACAUGUAUAAAAUUCCUUUCGAGGAUAGUGUCAGAAAUUUGAAUAAUCAGUUACACAAAUAUGUAUAUAAUUCUGAAAAUAAAUGCCCAAUAAAUAAUGAAGCGGUCGAAGUCUUUAAAAAGCUAAUGGAUCAAUCGAAGGUCAAUUUUGAUCCCAAAUCAUUUACAAAUCAGAAAUUAGAAAAAUGUAUUGCUCAUAUUGAAGCAUUGGCUCUAGAUGAAAAAUUAGGUGAUCUACCACCAGAUAGCACUCUUCCUCCACCAUUAAGCGUUGAUGCAGAAAUUUUGAAGGAUACACUAAUUAAUAUAUUAAAUUUAAAUAAUAUUUCUGUCUCAUCAAUGAAGCGAAACAAAUUACAAGUACAUGGUGAUGAAAAAAGGUUAAAAUUAAGUGUCGAAGAUGUGGCUAAUAAUAAAAAGCUUCAUACAUUGACAGUUGUACAAUUAAAAGAAUUUCUUCGAAGUAUUAGUCAAGUAACGUCAGGAAGCAAGUCCAUUCUUAUUGAAAGAAUUUAUAAUUAUUUACAAUUAGAAGCACCUUAAACGAUACCAAGUUGAAACAAAUUUAUUAUUUUUAAAUUAUAUUAAAAAUUUACAAUUAAACGUAUUUUUAUAAUUAAA